CCGUGCCUUCCCAGCAGCGUCUGGAGGAGAUGCGCGACCACUUAAUUCGGAGCAAGAUUCUCACCGACGACGGCCUGAAAUGGAAGAACUUCAUUCGACCUGCGAACUCGAAGAGGUCCGAAGAGGGGGAACUCAUUAAUCUCGAGCUCAUCCCCUCCAAGACUGCUAUGGGUGAUGUACCCGAUAGUGGUAGACUGUCUGUCUUCCUUCCCUCACAAUUGGGCAUUGUUGGGCGAAAGGAUGCACAGAUCGCACAGAGAGUCCACGCGCGCAUUGUUUUUGAUGAUGGUGGUGUCGCUAUCAAGAUGUGAUUCUCUGGCCGACACCCUGAGAUGCUUGUCUGGCGGACUGAAGGCAGGUUGGAUCCAUGGCGAUUUCAGCGUCGGGAACGUGAUUUGGGUCGUCGGAGACAACGGGGGUAUAGGCAAACUGGUUGACUUCGAGUACGCGCAAGAGAUAGAUCCAAACACUUCUCACGACGUUCGAAUGGGAACCAUGCAUUUCAUGGCGAUAGAAGUAGAACGUCAGAUGUACAUGUUCCAACCACGAAUUCCCCCUCCACCUCGUGAUGCAGAUGUCGUGUCCCUACCUCCAUUCCGCAUUAACUUCCUGCACGACAUUGAAUCUGUAUGGUGGGCAUAUACGUGGAUCUUCUUUUAUCACACGGACACCAUCACGGCGAACUCCAGCGAUUCCUUUGAUGUGGAUGCGCAGUUGAGACAAUACCAGCUGGCGUUCCCUGGUGCGAUUAGCCGGGAAACACGCCGGGACUUCUUCACUCGCAUCCCAGAACUUCAGCGCACCUGCGAAUCUGUCCUUUCAGAUAGAUGCCUUGAUGUUUGCCAUAAUAUUGCGCAUUUUGCAAGUACUCUCCAAGACAGUUAUGAAAAGGCAGAGAAAAAGUACCCCUCAUUUAUGCUUGAUGACUCCCUUCUGGAAGAUAUGCAUACAAAAGCCGCAGAAUAUCUCGAUGAUGCGCAAAAAGAGGCUGGUGAUAUCAAACUUUGUCGGCUCCUCGACCUCCGCAAGCAGAAGAGGCCUCGAGAAGAAGGUGAAAUGUUGCCUAUGCCAGAUAAUGCAGGGAAGAGGACCCGAUACGGUUGAUUUUUUUUAUUGAUUGUAUGAUAAAGACCAGAAGAUGCUAGACGGAGUAUG